AUGGGCGAUUCGCUUGAGGCUACCAUCCCCAGCAUGGGCAGCGAGCCGCCGCCAUCGGUGGAGCCGGAGGCGGUAGCCAUUAUCGAUUUCGAUAAUUUCUCCAACUAUCUCCGCAAGGCGAUCACGGUGCUACUGCCGGAGGAUGAUGUGAAGUCGUUCGGUCCGCUUAACGCCGCCCUCGAGGACAGCGUGAAUCAGGACUGCAUUCGAAAGUUCAUCUCCGACCCGCAGACGCAGGCACUGUACAUCCAACGCAAUUGCUUCAAAGACGAUGAAAAUGAACCUCCAACCGAAGGAGAAGAAGAAAAGGAUUCCUUUACCUACUACUUCGGCAAUGACGUUCACUUCACUAAUCAGCGCAUGGCAUCGCUGGUGUGCAUCAAGCGUGGCGCACUGAUCGAGGCGGACAAAUCGAUCCACGCGCAGGUCCGUUUGAUCAACUUUUCCGAAGGCUCGCCGUACGAGACGCUCCACGCGUUCAUCAGCAAGACGCUGGCACCGUACUUCAAGAGCUACGUGAAGGAAUCGGGCCGUGCCGAUCGCGAUGGUGACAAGAUGGCCCCAUCGGUCGAGAAGAAACUGGCCGAGCUGGAGAUGGGCCUGUUGCAUCUGCAGCAAAACAUCGACAUCCCGGAGGUGACGCUCAAUAUCAACAGCACGGUCGCGCAGGUCGUUAAGAAGUGUGCCGAUGAACAGCGCAAGGCGAAGAUAACCGACUUCGGAGAUAAGGUGCAGGAUUCCACCUUCCUGAACACGCUCCAGAACGGGGUGAACCGGUGGAUCAAGGAGAUCCAGAAGGUGACAAAGCUUGAUCGCGAUCCUUCUUCCGGUACGGCGUUACAGGAGAUUUCGUUCUGGUUGAACCUCGAGCGAGCCUUGCACCGUAUCCAGGAGAAACGCGAAUCGCCGGAAGUGGCACUGACGCUGAACAUUCUCAAGCACGGCAAGCGCUUCCAUGCGACCGUCUCGUUCGACACCGAUACGGGUCUCAAGCAGACGCUAGCGAUGGUGGCCGAUUACAAUCCACUGAUGAAGGACUUUCCGAUCAAUGAUCUACUGUCGGCGACCGAGUUGGACAAGAUCCGCCAGGCGGUACAUUCGAUCUUCAACCACCUGCGCAAGAUCCGCAACACUAAGUAUCCGAUUCAGCGCUGUCUGCGUCUGAUCGAAGCGAUUUCGCGUGAUCUAAGCCAGCAGCUGCUGAAAGUACUCGGCACCCGGCGUCUUAUGCACAUCCCGUUCGACGAGUUCGAGCGCGUCAUGAACCAGUGCUUCGAGGUGUUCAGCUGCUGGGACGACGAGUAUGAUAAACUACUCGGUACGUUGCGUGAAAUCGUGAAGCGUAAGCGGGACGAGCACAUCAAGAUGGUCUGGCGUAUCUCACCGGCGCACAAGAUCCUCCAGCAGCGUAUGGAGCAUAUGCGCAAGUUCCGCCGGCAGCACGAACAACUGCGCACGGUAAUUGUGCGCGUGCUACGUCCAGCUCGGCAACCGUCGGUCAUGUCCGGCGCAGGGGAUGUGGUUGGUGGAGAGAACAAACAACCGUACAGCCUCGACACGGCCGAUGCGAACGCCAUCGAGGAGGUUAACCUGGCGUACGAAAACGUCAAAGAGAUCGAGUGUCUGGACAUCUCGAAGGAGGGUUCGGAAGCGUGGGACGCGGCGAUCAAGCGCUACGAAGAGCGGAUCGAUCGGGUUGAGGCCCGCAUUACGGCGCACCUGCGCGAUCAGCUCGGUACAGCCAAGAAUGCGAACGAAAUGUUCCGCAUCUUUUCCCGCUUCAACGCACUGUUCGUGCGGCCACACAUUCGUGGGGCGAUCCGUGAGUACCAGACGCAGCUCAUCCAGCGUGUGAAGGACGAUAUCGAAGCUUUGCAUGAAAAGUUUAAGGUCCAAUAUCCACAAAGCAAGAGCUGCCGUCUUUCGGUAGUGCGCGACCUUCCACCGGUCGCCGGCUCGAUCAUUUGGGCGCGUCAGAUCGACAACCAGCUGACGAUGUAUCUCAAGCGCGUCGAGGACGUUCUCGGUCGCGGCUGGGAAUCGCACAUCGAUGGCCAAAAGCUCAAGGCGGACGGGGACAGUUUCCGUGCGAAGCUCUCCACCGCCGAAGUGUUCCAGGAUUGGGCCCGCAAAGUGCAGGAACGCAACACGGGCAUUACGGGUCGCAUCUUUUCGAUCGAAGCGACUCGCUCCCGUACCGGCCGGGGUAACACUCUCCGCCUGAGGGUGAACUUUCUGCCCGAAAUCAUCACCCUGUACAAGGAGGUGCGCAAUCUGAAGAGCUUGGGCUUCCGUGUACCGCUGGCGAUUGUCAACAAGGCGCACCAGGCGAACCAACUCUAUCCGUUUGCCAUUUCGCUCAUCGAAAGCAUUCGCACGUACGAGCGUACGCUGGAGAAGCUAAACAAUAGGACAUUAGCACAAAAUUCAGUAUUUAAGAUUGAAGAUCGUGCCAGUAUCAUCCCGCUCGUGGCCGGCUUGCGCAAGGAAGUGUUGUCGCUCAUUUCCGAAGGAAUUGCGCUCGUCUGGGAGAGCUACAAGCUGGAUCCGUACGUGCAGCGCCUUUCGGAGAACGUGGUUUCGUUCCAGGAGAAGGUUGAGGACCUGCUCGUCGUUGAAGAGCAGCUGGAUGUGGACGUGCGUUCGCUUGAAACAUGCCCGUACAGUGCGGCCACCUUCGCGGACAUUCUCUCGAAGAUCCAGCACGCCGUGGAUGAUCUGUCGCUGAAGCAAUACUCGAACCUACACGUUUGGGUUGCCCGGCUCGAUGAGGAGGUCGAGAAGAAGCUGGCGGCUCGCUUGCAGGCUGGUGUGCAGGCAUGGACCGAUGCCCUCACUGGGAACAAGAAGGAGGUGGACCUUUCGAUGGACACCGAUGCACCGACGCAACCAACCAUUCGACCCGGUGGUGAUCCGCAGAUUCAGCGUGCGAUCCAUGAAAUCCGUAUCACGAACCAGCAGAUGUAUCUGUACCCAUCGAUAGAGGAAGCACGGUUCCAAAUCAUGCAGCAACUAUUCGCCUGGGAAGCGAUCGUCACGUCGCAGACGCGUCUUCAGAGUUCGCGCUACCAGGUCGGAUUGGACAAGCCCAUCUCGCAGACGUACCGCAACCUGUUGACAAAGCUUCCGAACGGUUCGGAUCCGCUUGAGGGAGCUUACGGUGCGAUCGAGAACCAGAUUGGUGACGUGCGAAACUAUGUCGACGAGUGGCUACGCUACCAGAGCCUUUGGGAUCUGCAAGCGGAUAUGCUGUACGGACGGCUCGGUGAGGACAUCAACCUGUGGAUCAAGUGCUUGAACGACAUCAAGAAAUCGCGUACGACGUUCGAUACAUCGGACACCCGGCGCGCUUAUGGUCCGAUCGUGAUCGACUACGCUAAAGUGCAGGCAAAGGUGACGCUCAAGUACGACUCCUGGCACAAGGAGGCGCUUAGCAAGUUCGGUCAACUGUUGGGCAACGAGAUGAGCACUUUCCACACGAAGGUCUCCAAGAGUCGCAACGAUCUCGAGCAGCAGAGUAUCGAAGCGGCCAGCACAUCCGAUGCGGUCUGCUUCAUCACUUACGUGCAGUCGCUCAAGAAGGAAAUGCUCGUGUGGGACAAGCAGGUCGAGGUUUACCGUGAGGCACAGCGCAUCCUCGAGCGACAGCGUUUCCAGUUCCCGAACAACUGGCUGCACGUGGAUAACAUCGAGGGUGAAUGGUCCGCGUUCAACGAGAUCAUGAAGCGCAAGGAUUCGGCCAUCCAAACACAGGUCGCUAGCCUUCAGGCAAAGAUCGUUGCCGAGGAUAAGGCCGUCGAGACGCGCACCGUCGACUUCUUGAACGAUUGGGAAAAGAACAAACCAACUGGUGGACGUACCCGACCCGACGAUGCCCUUCAACAGUUGCACAUUUUCGAGACCAAGUUCUCCCGACUGAAGGAAGAGCGAGACAACGUUGCGAAGGCAAAGGAAGCGCUGGAGCUGCAAGAGUCAGCCAUCCCGAACAACAGCACCGAGCGGAUGUGUGUGGUGUUGGAGGAACUCCAGGAUUUGCGUGGCGUUUGGAGCGAACUGUCGAAGGUUUGGGCUCAGAUCGAUGAAACCCGCGAGAAGCCGUGGCUGUCGGUUCAACCGAGAAAGCUGCGCCAGUCGUUGGAAGCGAUGAUGAACCAGCUAAAGGAACUUCCAGCUCGGCUGCGUAUGUACGAAAGCUACGAGUACGUGAAGAAGCUUCUGCAGAGCUACAUCAAGGUGAACAUGAUGAUUGUGGAGCUGAAAUCGGACGCCCUCAAAGAGCGCCACUGGAAGCAACUGACCAAGCAAUUGCGUGUCAGCUGGGUGCUUUCCGACCUCACCCUCGGCCAAGUGUGGGACGUAAAUCUGCUGAAGAACGAGUCGAUCGUGAAGGACAUCAUCCUGGUGGCGCAGGGUGAGAUGGCACUGGAGGAGUUCUUGAAGCAGGUUCGCGAAAGCUGGCAAAACUACGAGCUGGAUCUGAUCAACUACCAAAACAAGUGUCGCAUCAUCCGCGGGUGGGACGAUCUGUUCAACAAGGUGAAGGAACACAUCAACUCAGUGGCCGCGAUGAAGCUGUCCCCUUACUACAAGGUGUUCGAGGAGGAGGCUCUCACUUGGGAGGAGAAAUUGAACCGCAUCAACUCACUGUUCGAUGUGUGGAUCGAUGUUCAGCGGCGUUGGGUUUACCUGGAGGGAAUCUUCUCCGGUAGUGCCGACAUCAAGACACUCCUUCCGGUGGAAACGUCCCGUUUCCAGAGCAUCAGCUCGGAGUUCCUUGGGCUCAUGAAGAAGGUCGCCAAAUCGCCGAAGGUUAUGGACGUCCUGAACAUCCCAGCGGUGCAGCGUUCUCUCGAGCGGCUGGCCGAUUUGCUUGGAAAGAUCCAGAAGGCACUGGGAGAGUAUCUCGAGCGCGAGCGAACCUCAUUCCCGCGAUUCUACUUCGUGGGCGACGAGGAUCUGCUGGAGAUCAUCGGCAACAGCAAGAACGUUGCGCGCCUACAGAAGCACUUCAAGAAGAUGUUUGCCGGCGUCGCCUCGAUCCUGCUGAACGAGGACAACACCGUGAUCCUGGGUAUAGCGUCGCGUGAGGGGGAAGAAGUUCGCUUCAUCAAGCCCGUCUCAACGGUGGAACAUCCGAAGAUCAACGAGUGGCUUUCGUUGGUGGAGAAAGAGAUGCGUUUCACGCUCGCCUCCUACCUGGCCCAGGCCGUGCAGGAUAUCAAGCAGUUCAAGGACGUAAUCGACACGCAGAAGUACAUGGAGUGGUGCGACAAGUAUCAGGCACAGAUCGUCGUCCUUGCGGCACAAAUUCUCUGGUCGGAGGAUGUAGAAAACGCCCUCCAGCAAACAUCGGAAGGAGCGGCACCAUCACCGGGUAACAAGGAAAAGACCCCACUGCAUCGUGUACUCACCACCGUUGAGACGACUCUCAACGUGCUGGCCGAUUCGGUGCUGCAAGAACAACCGGCACUGAGACGCAAGAAGCUAGAGCAUCUAAUCAACGAGUUCGUGCACAAGCGUACGGUAACGCGUCGCCUGAUCGCACACGGUGUGAACAACCCGAAAUCGUUCCACUGGCUGUGCGAGAUGCGCUUCUACUUCGAUCCCCGCCAGACGGAGGUCCUGCAGCAGCUCACGAUCCACAUGGCGAACGCACGCUUCUACUACGGUUUCGAGUAUCUGGGCGUACAGGAUCGAUUGGUGCAAACACCGCUCACCGAUCGCUGCUACCUGACGAUGACACAAGCGUUGGAGGCUCGGCUCGGUGGAUCACCGUUCGGGCCGGCCGGUACCGGCAAGACGGAAUCGGUCAAGGCGCUCGGUAAUCAGCUGGGCCGAUUCGUGCUAGUGUUCAACUGCGACGAAACGUUCGACUUCCAAGCGAUGGGACGUAUCUUCGUCGGUCUGUGUCAGGUGGGCGCCUGGGGUUGCUUCGACGAGUUCAACCGUCUCGAGGAGCGUAUGCUGUCCGCCGUCUCGCAGCAGAUCCAGACCAUUCAGGAGGCACUUAAAUCACAGCAAGACGCCAACCGUGACGCCCAGAGCAUCACGGUCGAGCUGGUCGGUAAGCAGGUGCGCGUUUCGACCGAUAUGGCCAUCUUCAUCACGAUGAAUCCGGGCUACGCCGGUCGCUCCAAUCUACCCGAUAACUUGAAGAAACUGUUCCGCUCGCUCGCGAUGACCACGCCCGAUCGGCAACUGAUCGCCGAGGUGAUGCUGUUCAGCCAGGGCUUCCGAACGGCCGAAAAGCUUGCCUGCAAGAUCGUACCAUUCUUCAAGCUUUGCGACGAGCAGCUGUCCAAUCAAUCCCACUACGAUUUUGGCCUGCGUGCCCUCAAGUCGGUGCUCGUGUCGGCCGGUAAUGUGAAGCGCGAUCGUAUCAUGAAGAUCAAGGAUACGAUGAAGCAGCGUGGGGACGAGAAUAUCGACGAGGCGUCGAUCGCGGAGAAUUUGCCCGAGCAGGAAAUUCUCAUCCAAUCGGUUUGUGAAACGAUGGUCCCUAAGCUGGUGGCCGAGGACAUCCCGCUGCUGUUCUCGCUGCUGAGCGACGUCUUCCCGAACGUUGGCUACACGCGCGCCGAGAUGAAGGGUCUAAAGGACGAGAUCCGGAAGGUGUGCGCCGAGGAGUAUCUCGUCUGUGGCGAAGGGGAUGAACAGGGUGGCGCCUGGAUGGAGAAGGGAUGUGGCGAAACGUGGGUUGACAAAGUACUUCAACUGUAUCAAAUCUCCAACCUCAACCACGGUCUGAUGAUGGUCGGCCCGUCCGGUUCAGGCAAGUCGUCCGCCUGGAAGGUGCUACUUAAGGCGCUCGAGCGCUUCGAAGGCACCGAAGGUGUGGCCCACGUCAUCGACCCGAAAGCCAUCUCGAAGGAAGCGCUGUACGGUGUGCUGGAUCCGAACACGCGCGAAUGGACCGACGGUUUGUUCACGCACAUUUUGCGCAAGAUCAUCGACAAUGUGCGCGGCGAAAUCAACAAGCGCCAAUGGAUCAUCUUUGAUGGUGACGUUGAUCCGGAGUGGGUUGAGAAUUUGAACUCGGUGCUGGACGACAACAAGCUGCUCACGCUGCCGAACGGUGAGCGUCUGUCGUUGCCACCGAACGUGCGCAUCAUGUUCGAGGUGCAAGAUUUGAAGUAUGCCACGCUGGCCACGGUUUCCCGUUGCGGUAUGGUGUGGUUCUCCGAGGACGUCCUGUCAACGGAGAUGAUCUUCGAAAACUACAUGUCCCGGUUGCGUCACAUCCCGCUGGAGGAUGGCGAAGAGGAGAGCUUCAGCGGUCAGCCCAAGAGUGCCGAUAAGGAGGACGAGAUUACACCGGCCCUGCAGACGCAGCGUGAAAUUGCCUCGCUGUUCCAGCCGUACUUCAGCUCGGAUGGUUUGGUUGUGCGCUGUCUGGAGUACGCGAUGGGACAGGAACACAUCAUGGACUUUACCCGACUCCGUGCACUGAGCUCGCUGUUCUCGAUGCUCAAUCAAGGGGCACGUAAUGUGCUGACGUUCAAUCAGCAGCAUCCCGAUUUCCCCGUACCACCGGAGCAACUCGAGCAGUACAUCCCGAAGCUGCUCAUCUACUCGAUGCUGUGGUCGUUUGCCGGCGAUUCGAAGCUGAAGGUUCGCUCCGACCUGGGUGACUUCUUACGAAGCAUCACGACGGUGACGCUCCCGGCACAGGGUGCCAACCCCAUCAUCGACUACGAGGUUAACAUCCAGGGCGAUUGGGUUCCGUGGUCCAACAAGGUGCCGGUGAUCGAAAUCGAAACGCACAAGGUGGCCGCUCCGGACGUUGUCGUACCGACGCUCGACACCGUACGUCACGAAUCGCUCCUGUACACCUGGUUGGCCGAACACAAGCCACUCGUACUGUGCGGUCCACCAGGAUCCGGUAAAACUAUGACCCUCUUUUCGGCUCUUCGUGCCCUUCCGGACAUGGAGGUUGUUGGGUUGAACUUUUCGUCCGCAACCACUCCGGAGCUGCUGUUGAAAACGUUCGAUCACUACUGCGAGUACCGUAAGACACCGAACGGAGUUGUGUUGGCCCCGGUUCAGCUCGGAAAGUGGUUGGUGCUGUUCUGCGAUGAAAUUAACUUGCCCGAUAUGGACUCGUAUGGCACGCAGCGUGUCAUCUCCUUCCUUCGGCAGCUGGUGGAACAUAAGGGCUUCUACCGUGCGGCGGAUCAGUCGUGGGUGUCGCUCGAGCGGAUCCAAUUUGUGGGUGCUUGUAAUCCACCGACCGAUCCGGGAAGAAAGCCGCUCAGUCAUCGUUUCCUCCGACACGUUCCGAUCAUUUACGUCGACUACCCUGGAGAGACUUCGCUCAAGCAAAUCUACGGCACGUUCAGCCGAGCAAUGUUACGCCUGAUGCCGAAUCUGCGCGGAUACGCCGAACCACUGACGAACGCGAUGGUCGAGUUCUAUCUCGCCUCGCAGGAUCGUUUCACGCAGGAUAUGCAGCCGCACUACGUCUACUCGCCACGUGAGAUGACUCGCUGGGUGCGCGGUAUUUGUGAAGCUAUUCGUCCGCUGGACAACCUUCCGGUCGAGGGACUGGUGCGUCUGUGGGCUCACGAGGCACUCCGUCUGUUCCAGGACCGCCUGGUGGAGGAAUCGGAACGACGCUGGACGAACGAAAACAUCGACCUGGUCGCAAUCAAACACUUCCCGAGCGUCGAUCGCGAUAAGGCACUGACCCGGCCGAUUCUGUACAGCAACUGGUUGUCGAAGGAUUACAUGCCGGUCAACCGGGAUGAACUGCGCGACUACGUGAAGGCUCGUCUAAAGGUGUUCUACGAGGAAGAACUCGACGUUCCACUCGUCCUCUUCGACGAGGUGCUGGAGCACGUGCUGCGUAUCGAUCGUAUCUUCCGCCAGCCGCAGGGUCAUUUGCUGCUGAUCGGUGUAUCGGGUGCCGGUAAAACUACCCUUUCGCGCUUCGUCGCCUGGAUGAACGGGCUUUCGAUCUUCCAGAUCAAGGUGCACAACAAGUACACCAGCGAGGACUUUGACGAAGAUCUCCGUUGCGUGCUGCGUCGGGCUGGCUGCAAGGACGAGAAGAUUGCCUUCAUCCUGGACGAAUCGAACGUGCUCGAUUCCGGUUUCCUCGAGCGCAUGAAUACGCUGCUUGCGAACGGCGAAGUGCCCGGUCUGUUCGAGGGUGACGAGUACACGACGCUCAUGACGCAGUGCAAGGAGGGCGCCCAACGCGAAGGCCUAAUGCUCGACUCGAGCGAUGAACUGUACAAGUGGUUCACGCAGCAGGUCAUGCGUAACCUGCACGUCGUCUUCACCAUGAACCCAUCGACCGACGGCCUGAAGGAUCGUGCCGCAACCUCACCCGCCCUGUUCAACCGUUGCGUGCUGAACUGGUUCGGCGAUUGGUCUGAUUCGGCCCUGUUCCAGGUGGGCAAAGAGUUCACCAUCCGGGUGGACCUGGAGAAACCGACCUGGAGCGCGCCCGACUUUUUCCCUGCCGUAUGUCCGCUCGUCUCGAACACACCCUCCCAUCGGGAUGCCGUCAUCAACAGCUGCGUGUACGUGCACCAGACGUUGCACAAGGCGAACGCACGGCUUGCCAAGCGAGGCAGCCGCACGAUGGCGAUCACACCCCGUCACUAUCUGGACUUUAUCCAUCACUUUGUGAAGCUGUACUCGGAAAAGCGCAGCGACCUGGAGGAGCAGCAGUUGCAUCUGAACGUUGGUCUCAACAAGAUUGCCGAAACUGUCGAGCAGGUUGAAGAGAUGCAAAAAUCACUUGCCGUCAAGUCGCAGGAGCUGCAGGCAAAGAACGAGGCUGCCAACGCGAAGUUGAAGCAAAUGUUCAAGGACCAGCAGGAGGCCGAAAUCAAGAAGGUACAGUCCCAGGAAAUCCAGCAGCAGCUGGCCGAGCAGACGGUCAAGAUCGAGGAGAAGCGCAAGGAUGUGAUGGCCGACCUAGCGCAGGUCGAACCGGCCGUUAUCGAUGCCCAAGCUGCGGUGAAAUCGAUCAAGAAACAGCAUCUCGUCGAGGUCCGUUCGAUGGCAAAUCCACCGGCCGUCGUAAAGCUGGCGCUGGAGUCGAUCUGUCUGCUGCUCGGCGAGAACGCAUCGGACUGGAAGUCGAUCCGGGCCGUUAUUAUGCGGGAAAACUUUAUCAACUUGAUUGUCUCUAAUUUCAGUACCGAAGACAUAACGUCCCCGAUGAACAGCGACGAGGUACGUGAGAAGAUGAAAUCGAAGUACCUGAACAAUCCGGACUACAACUUCGAGAAGGUGAACCGUGCCUCGAUGGCUUGCGGUCCUAUGGUUAAGUGGGCCAUCGCACAGGUCGAGUACGCCGAUAUGCUGAAGCGCGUGGAGCCGCUUCGUGAGGAGCUCAGUUCGCUCGAGCGACAGGCCGAAACGAACAUUAAGCAUGGGCGUGAGGUAAAGGAACUGAUCGCCCAGUUGGAGCAGAGCAUUGCCGCCUACAAGGAGGAGUACGCCCAGCUGAUCUCGCAGGCGCAGGCCAUCAAGACCGACCUGGAGAACGUGCAGGCGAAGGUGGACCGUUCGAUCGCGCUGCUGAAGAGUUUGGUGAUCGAGCGAGAGCGCUGGGAGGCGACGAGCGAAACGUUCCGCUCGCAAAUGUCCACCAUCGUGGGCGAUGUGUUGCUGUCCGCGGCGUUCAUUGCGUACGGUGGGUACUUCGAUCAGCACUACCGAAGCAAUCUGUUCUCCACCUGGUGCCAGCAUCUGCAGGCGGCUAGCAUUCAGUUCCGGGCGGACAUUGCCCGCACGGAGUAUCUCUCGAAUCCGGACGAACGGUUGAGAUGGCAGGCGAACGCGCUGCCGACGGAUGAUCUGUGCACUGAGAACGCGAUCAUGCUGAAGCGGUUCAACCGCUACCCGCUGAUCAUCGAUCCGUCGGGUCAGGCGACGGAGUUCAUAAUGAACGAGUUCAAGGAUAAGAAGAUCACCAAGACGAGCUUCCUGGAUGAUUCGUUCCGCAAGAAUCUCGAAUCGGCACUCCGGUUCGGUAAUCCUCUGCUGGUGCAAGACGUCGAGAACUACGAUCCGAUUCUCAAUCCGGUGUUGAACCGAGAGCUCCGACGAACCGGUGGACGUGUGCUGAUCACACUUGGCGAUCAGGACAUCGAUCUUUCACCGUCGUUCGUGAUCUUCCUAUCGACGCGCGAUCCGACGGUUGAGUUCCCACCGGACAUUUGCUCUCGUGUAACGUUCGUAAACUUCACCGUGACCCGUAGCUCACUCCAAUCGCAGUGUCUGAAUCAGGUGCUGAAGGCCGAGCGGCCCGACAUCGACGAGAAGCGAUCGGAUCUCCUGAAGCUGCAGGGCGAGUUCCAUCUUCGACUGCGCCAAUUGGAGAAGAGUUUGUUGCAGGCACUGAACGACGCGAAGGGUAAAAUUUUGGAUGACGACUCCGUCAUUACCACGCUGGAAACCCUCAAGAAGGAAGCGGCCGACAUCGGGCAAAAGGUGGAAGAAACGGAUAAGGUGAUCGCGGAGAUCGAAACCGUAUCGCAACAGUACCUAUCGCUGUCGCAGGCCUGUUCCAACAUUUACUUCACGAUGGACAGCCUGAACCAGGUGCACUUCCUGUACCAGUACUCGCUGAAGAUGUUCCUGGACAUUUUCAGCACCGUGCUGCACAACAACGCCAAGCUGGAAGGGAAGACGGACUACACGGCAAGGUUGCUGAUCAUUACUUCCGACCUGUACCGCGUCUGUUAUGAUCGUGUGGCACGCGGUAUGCUGCAUGCCGAUCGGCUCACGUUCGCCAUUCUGUUGUGCCGCAUUCAUCUGAAGGGUACCUCGGAGGCGAACCUCGAUCAGGAGUUUAACUUUUUCCUGCGCAACAAGGAAGGUUUGGUGGCGUCCUCCAGCCACGUCGAUGGUGUUAGUGCGGAGCAGCUCGAAUCGGUUACGCGUCUCGCAACCCGACUUCCCAUCUUCCGUAAGCUGCUCGAGAAGAUCAAGUCCAUGCCGGAGCUAACGGCUUGGCUGCAGCAGGGUUCACCGGAACAAAACGUACCCCUGCUGUGGGACGAAUCGAAGGCACUUUCGCCGGUUUCAUCCGCCAUGCAUCAACUGCUGUUGAUCCAAGCGUUCCGACCCGAUCGAGUGAUCGCUGCAGCACACCUGUUCGUCUCCACUGUGCUCGGGGAGGACUUUAUGCCGCAAGCGGAAAAGGAACUCGACUUCUCGAACUGCGUCGAGAGGGAACUGAACAGCAACACACCGGCGCUGCUUUGCUCCGUCACCGGGUACGAUGCGUCAUCACGUGUCGAUGAUUUGGCGGCGGAGUUAAACAAGCAGAUCUCUAGCAUUGCCAUCGGUUCGGCGGAAGGUUUCAACCAGGCAGAACGGGUGAUCAAUAUGGCAUGCAAGUCGGGUCGCUGGGUGCUGCUGAAGAACGUCCACCUAGCGCCCCAAUGGUUGGUGCAGCUGGAGAAGAAGCUACACUCCUUGCAACCCCAUUCAGGCUUCCGUUUGUUCCUCACGAUGGAGAUCAAUCCGAAGGUUCCGGUGAACCUUUUGCGCGCUGGCCGUAUCUUUGUCUACGAACCGCCGCCAGGUAUUCGGGCCAAUCUGCUCCGAACGUUCUCAACCGUUCCGGCGGCGCGCAUGAUGAAGCAACCGAGCGAACGCGCCCGGCUCUACUUCCUGCUGUCCUGGUUCCACGCGAUCGUACAGGAGCGACUGCGUUACGUACCACUCGGUUGGGCGAAAAAGUACGAGUUCAAUGAAUCCGAUUUGCGCGUAGCUUGCGAUACGCUCGACACCUGGAUCGAUGCUACGGCCAUGGGCCGUACGAAUCUGCCCCCGGAGAAGGUCCCAUGGGACGCACUGGUAACGUUGCUUUCGCAGAGCAUCUACGGUGGCAAGAUCGAUAACGAUUUCGAUCAGCGUCUGUUGGCGUCGUUCCUGUCGAAGCUCUUCACGGCGCACAGCUUCGAGGCCGAGUUUGCGCUCGUCGCCAACGUAGACGGGGUGGCUGGUGGACCGAAUGGACAGCGACAUAUCACUAUGCCGGACGGUACGCGACGUGAUCAUUUCCUCAAGUGGAUCGAAGCCUUGGCCGAUCGGCAAACGCCCUCGUGGCUGGGAUUGCCAAAUAACGCCGAAAAGGUGCUGCUUACGACGCGCGGAACGGACCUGAUCAGCAAGCUGCUCAAGAUGCAGCAGCUCGAGGACGAUGACGAACUGGCGUACAGCAACGACGAAAGCCUCGAUACGAUGCAAACGCGCCAAGAGGAUGGCCGACCGUCGUGGAUGAAGACGCUGCACAACAGUGCGCUUACGUGGUUGGAGCUGCUUCCGAAGAGUUUGGCCACCCUGAAGCGCACGGUCGAGAACAUUAAGGACCCGUUGUACCGGUACUUCGAGCGGGAGGUGUCCUCGGGUGCGAAGCUGCUCCAGACAGUCGUUAGUGACCUGCAGGAUGUGGUGUUCAUUUGCCAGGGUGAAAAGAAGCAAACGAACUAUCAUCGGACGAUGCUAAGUGAACUGGUGCGGGGUAUUCUUCCGGCCGGUUGGCGUCGCUACACCGUCCCAACCGGGUGUACCGUCAUCCAGUGGAUCACCGACUUUAGUCAUCGCGUGCAGCAAUUGCAGAAGGUAUCGAAUUUGGUAUCUCAAGCCGGUGCCAAGGAGCUGCAAAGUUUCCCCGUGUGGCUCGGUGGCCUCUUCAACCCGGAGGCAUACAUUACGGCCACGCGACAGUGUGUGGCGCAAGCGAACAGCUGGUCGCUGGAGGAGCUGACACUAAACGUUACCAUCACGGAGAGUGGUUCCGAUGGGUUCGACAAUCUGAAGGACAGUAGUUUCGGCAUUUCUGGCCUGAAGCUGCAAGGUGCGCAGUGCAAGAACAACCAACUGCUACUAACAUCGGCCAUCAUGACCGAGUUACCGCUGACGCUGCUCAAGUGGACCCGCAUCGAUUCGGAAGUGGCUCGUGCAACCAAGCUAACGCUCCCGGUUUACCUAAAUUCGACCCGAGUGGAGUUGCUGUUCACGGUGGACAUGACCGUCGCACCGGGACAGGACCCGCACAGCUUCUACGAGCGUGGUGUGGCCGUACUUGCCUCAACGGCUUUGAACUAAACGGCAGAAUGGGACACGCGUAAAUCAUCUACAUUAUUAUGCUAACAUCUAUCUAAUGGUGCAAAGGUUAUUGGGAAUCAUGCUAUUUAUCUUCAUUUAAUACAACUUAUAAUUGAAAUAUUAUAGAGGAAAAUAUUUAGAACACGCCAGCAAAACGCUCGUUCAUAGAACAAUUCACGCAAUGUUCGCUUAUCGCUCUUAUACUCAAUAAAAAAAAUAUA